CCAAAGAGCAUAUAGUGACCCCCCUGGCUGUUUCGGCGAGCCUCAAACAACAACACCGGCGUUGGUGACGGAGUAUCAUACGAAACGUUCAAAACGGAGAAUCCAGAACAUCAUCACAAGACUCGGGCUCGCACUCCCCUGACAAGAUCUUAUCAUCGGGGAUCCGGUGACGGGCCGACUCAGCCGAAGGCUAGGUCUCGCACACUUGCGGUGAAUGACCAAUGGCCAGCCAUGGUUAUUAUGACCAGCCGCCGCUGUUGACCCAAUUGUCCUCGGAGAAUCCGGGACGAGGAGACGGGGGGGUUGCUCUAACGGAGCCGUCUGCCCCCAACCGUAACCCCGCCCGAACAGUCGGAGGGAAGCGGGUGCCCGACCGCAAGCUCAAGGACUCGGACCACUGUCUUUUCUGUCCGGUUUGCGCCGGCCAGCCGGCACGGUAUGCCAAGGUCACGAAGAAGUGUAAACCAGGCGCGACGUAUAAAGGCCUAUCAAAACUGAUGGAGCAUAUCAACCGCGUCCACUCCCCGGAGUCAUUUUGCCUUACUUGCAUGAGGGCUUUACAGGGGGGGAUAACUUGGAAUAUGCACUCUGAGACAUGCCAGCCGAGAACGUUGACGACGGAGCAAAAGGAAGCAUAUCCUACCCUGCUUCCCAGCGACGUGUUGUUCAGUGUGCAGAACUGGAAAAAAACCGCAGGUGCGCCCAAGGAUGGUAAAAGUCUGGUGGAGCACCGUUGGGAACACAUAUAUGGGAUCAUCUACCCCGGAGAGCCAAUACCUGACGCAAUGCCGAAAUCCCCAGGGAGCAGUUUCCAGCCGCCAGCGUCUCAUUCUCCAGUACCGCGAGGAAAGCGUCAAGCGAGUUCUUCGCCAGACUGCAAGCCGCGUGGUUCGAGACGGAGACAGGCCAGCCCCGAGGCACAAGCGGCGGACAGGGGAGAUGAAGUAGUCGGAUUCGAACCCGCACCGGUCGAUCUUAGCCAACCACAACCUGGCGGGCAUAGUGCCAUGCUUUUCGAAGAAUGGCCGCGUGGCCCCAGCUACCCCGGAGACUUCCGCUGUCCGUUCUCGGCCGACGAUGCGGCCGACGAGGCAUCCAUCAUACCCAUCUUGGGCAUGGAGUCGAUGGCCCCGUCGGACACCACUGCUGUCACCGGGCUCCCUCCCUUCACGUUCGACGGCACGACAGCCUACUCGGAGACCAGUGGCUUCUUUGAGUACGCGGACCAGAGGCCGCAAACGCCGUUGUACCUAGUCAAGGACGGAGAUAACACAGAUUCGGUGUUCCAGAAAUGGGAACUUGAGAUAAUGCAGCAAUGUGAGAAGGAGCGCGCUCUGGGUUCUGAGCUUGUUCCAGGCACCGUUGACUACCCGGCGGAUUUGGAGAACGAGCCGGACUUAAUGGCAAUUACGAACACCAUGGAUCCAUCGCUGGACCUGGAGUCGGAUGAGUUUAACAGGCUUUUUCAAGGAACCUAAUUUGGUAGUUGGGUAGUCUCGGAAGACUAGUUUGCAUUUAACUAGAUCUCUCUUAAUUUCUAUAGUUAAUCUCGUUCGUUAAAAAUAGCUUCGAAUAUUUCCCUUCCUUCUUCUUUU